AACCGAGGGAUGAGGAGGGAGCCAACGGCCGGGGCCGCGGGGCGGGAGGCGACGCGGGAGCACGGCGUCGAAGGGCUGCCCUAGCCUGGGGCGCGGAGCCUCCGGGCCGUGGGGAGCCGGGGAGCCGGGCGGCUAGCGAGGCUUCUCGGUGGGUGUGGGUGUAGCGUGCUCGGCCGGCGUCCCCGGUGGCCGCGGUCUGGCCAUGAUUGACUCGGUGAAGCUGCGGCGGGACAGCGCGGCCGAUUUCUUCUCGCACUACGAGUACCUGUGCGCGCUGCAGGACUCGGUGCCGCUGCCCGCCGUGCGCUCCUGCCUCCGCGAGGGCGUGCUGGACUUCAACGCUGACCGCCUCCGCAUGGUGGACUGGGCGCCGCUCCUGAGCACCCUCAAGAUCAAUAAAGAUUUGCCCUUGAUCUCCAUCAAGAGCUUCUUCCAGCCGUGGCUUGGGGAAACAGGUUCUGAUAUAAACAAAGCUUGCAGAAGUCGGGUUCCUGCGAUAAGAUCCAAAGAUGUGACCUUCCAGUUAUGUAAAGCUCUUAAAGGCUGCAUAAGUGCAUCAAGUAUGCUAAGGAACCUGGAGCUAAAUGGACUAGUCCUGAGAGAGAGAGAUUUAACUAUCUUAACGAAGGGAUUGAAUAAAUCGACCACGUUGGUACACCUGUCUCUUGCAAAUUGUCCAAUUGGAGAUGGAGGUUUAGAAAUAAUUUGCCAAGGUAUAAAGAACUCUGUCACUCUUAAGACAGUCAACUUCACGGGCUGUAACCUGACAUGGCAGGGAGCAGAUCACCUGGCCAAGAUCUUAAAGUAUCAGUCAAUGCGACGGCAUGAAGAAACCUGGGCUGAGAGCCUUCGCUACAGGAGACCAGAUCUAGACUGCAUGGCUGGCUUGCGGCGCAUCACACUGAAUUGCAACACGCUCAUUGGGGACCUGGGCGCACGUGCUUUUGCGGACUCCCUUAGUGAGGAUUUAUGGCUUAGGGCGCUUGACCUGCAACAGUGUGGCCUCACCAAUGAAGGAGCAAAAGCUUUACUUGAGGCCGUUGAAACUAACAGAACUCUCGUUGUUCUGGAUAUAAGAAAAAAUCCACUCAUUGAUCAUUCUAUGAUGAAAGCAGUUAUCAAAAAAGUUCUCCAGAAUGGAAGGAGUGCUAAGUCAGAGUACCAGUGGAUAACUUCUCCGUCAGUAAAAGAACCAUCCAAAACUGCCAGACAGAAAAAGAGAACUAUAAUCCUAGGAAGUGGCCGAAAAGGAAAAGCUACUAUUAGGAUUGGAUUGGCUACAAAGAAACCUGUAAGUACUGGGAAAAAACACUGCGCUGGUAAAGAAUAUUAUGCUCCGGAACCUUUGCCACCUGGUGUGUGUGGUUUCCUGCCAUGGCGUACUGCAGAACGAGCAAACAGGACCAGGGGAUUUCCAUUAAUCAAAACUCGGGAUGUGUCUAAUCAGUUGCAGCAAUCAAAGUUUCCUGUGACUGUGACAGUAGAGAGUCCUUCGUCUUCAGAAAUUGAAGAGGUUGACGAUUCUUCAGAAAGUGUUCAUGAGGUGCCUGAGAACACCAGUUUAAAACAAGAAGCAUUACAGGAAAAACUGGAGGAAUGUUUAAAGCAGUUAAAGGAGGAAAGAGUCAUCAGGCUUAAGGCUGACAAACGAGUCAGUGAGUUGGAACAUGAAAAUGCCCAAUUAAGAAAUAUAAAUUUCUCUUUGUCUGAAGCCCUUCAUGCACAGUCACUGACAAACAUGAUCCUGGAUGAUGAAGGUGUUUUGGGCAGCAUUGAGAAUUCCUUCCAGAAGUUCCAUGCUUUCUUAGAUCUCCUUAAAGAUGCUGGGCUUGGGCAGCUUGCCACAAUGGCUGGUAUAGAUCAGUCAGAUUUUAAUUUACUAGGCCGUCCCCAGAUGAAUUCUACUAUUAGUAGUCCACCUAAGGAGGAGCAGAAGGCACUUGAAGAAGAAAAGCCAGAACAAAAGCAGAGUGCUGUAGGACAAAUGCAAAAUAUCCAAGUUUCUAUUUGUAUGCAGUCAGCUUACAAUGAAGGAACACUAAUGAAGUUUCAAAAAAUUACAAGUGAUGCCAGAAUUCCUUUGCCUCUCGACUCCUUCCAUGUCCCAAGUUCUACUCAGGAGGCCCCAGUGACUUCCAGAGACAACGUGGGAGUCCCAGGUACUGAGCAGCACCAAGAGUCUUUCGAAGGAUUCCUUGCUAGAACAUGUUCUCCUCUAGCAGAUGUGAUUUCCGGAACCGGAAGUCACAGAGAAGAGGAAGAGCUGCACAGGAAUAACAGAUCAUCUUCAGAGAAAAUGGCCAAAACAGGUGAAUAUACCACAAAACACUCUGCUAAGAAACACCCUGGAAAGGACCAGCAUUCCUACUCUGACUCUUCUAUAAACCGGAAAAGCAAAGGAAUCGGGGAAAACGGUUCUUUGGUUAAUGACCCAGUUAAAAAAUCUCAUUGAAAUGACUGGAGAAAUAUUAAAAAUACAUUAGUAGCAAACUUGGAAAACCAGAAAGUGAACAGUGUGGAAUUUCUAGAAGAUAAAAAAGCAGAUUAAUGAAGGGCCAGUUAACUGAAGAGUGGAGCAGCUCAGCUAUUCCACUCAGCUCGGGAGCGUCUCCUCCUGAAAGCGGCUGUCUGGAGCGGGAGUUGUAACGCAGGAAGCGCUGGGAGGAGGGCGAGCUCCACAGUAGCUGCCCAGGAGGAACUGGAGUUAAGUUUCCCACACUGGCUGUGGGGACCUGCGUCUCCCCUGGAUCAUCACCUCAGGGGCCUGUAACCAAGAUUUGAGUUUCUUAAAAUGAACCAGGAUUCUCAUUUGGUUGAGGAAAAGCAUUUCAAGCUUUAAUCUUGGGCCGUCAUCUAUAAAUGUGGUCCACCCAAAAUCAUCAGAUUCGAAGACAGCCAUUAACAUAAAAGGAGGCAUGAAGUUUAAAGAAACAACCUGCUUAAGAAGUAGUUACUAGAGGAAAUCUUAAAAUUAAUACAAGUAAGAUUUUCAUAAGGAUAUUAUGUCUGUAAAGAAUGGGAUAUGACGAAAACAGAUUCAGUUUCUGGAAAUUAACAUUUUGAGAAAAUAAAUCACAAGAUGGGCUAAAAAGCAGAAUGGAUUCAGCUGAAGAUUAAAAUUAUGAAAUUAAGGUUUGUUUGAAGAUCACCUAAACUGCACUGCAAAAGGACAAAAUAUGAAGUAUGAAGGCAGGCAUUGUGGCACAGUGGGUUAAGUCACUACUUGUUAGGCCUCCAUCCCUUAUCAGAGAGCUGGUUUGAGUCACAACUACUCAACUUCUGAUCCAGCUUCCUGCUAAUGCGCCUAGGAAGACAGAAGGUUACUCAAGGAUUGGGCCCCUGCCACCCAUGUGGGAGACUGGGCUGAAGUUCCUAGCUCCUAGCUUUGACCUGGCCCAGACAUGGCUGUUUGGGCCAUUUGGGGAAUGAACCAGGAUGGAAGUCUCUCUGUCUCUGCCUCUUUUCCUUGUCACUCUGCCUUACAAAUAAAUAAAUAAAUCUUCAAAAUCCACUGAAAUAUAGCAAAUAAACAGGAUAAAUAGGAAAACCCACAAGGUGACAAGAUCAAGCUUUCUCAGAAUCAGCGUGAAUGAGUUAAAUUCUGCACUUCUUAAGCUUGAGUGAAAACACAAAAUCCCACUGUGUACUAUUGCAAAAGACAUCUAAAACAUUGUUGCAGUUUAUAAAGACACAGACAAGAAGAUAAUAGGCAGAUGCUAACUAAAGCAGGAAUGGCUCUGUUAACUUAAGACUAAAUAGAACCAAAGAUGCAAACUACUAAAUGUGACAAAGAAAAAUUUCUUUUUGGCUGAUAAAUAUGUUGUCACAGAUUUUUGCAAGAGUAUCUGCAAUUUUAAAGCUUCAUUUCAAAAUUAUAGAUUGAAAAUUUAGAAAUUGAAGGAGAAAUGGACAGAUAAAUUACAAUGAGAGAUACCUCUCUUCAAAAUCAGUACUUACUAGAUUGGCUUUAGAAAAUAUAAUAAUAAGUGUUGGGGAGUAUGCCGAGAAAAUGGAGUUCUUACCGCUGAUGAGAAUGCUAAAUGAGAAUGCAAAAUCACUCAAAAGACUUUGGUAUUUUUUUAAAUGCUAUACAAAGGCAUGCCAUGUGAUCCAGAAUCUCCUCCUUUGGAUAUUUAGAGCUGUGAAAGUUUCAGUUCACACAAAACCUGUAUGUGGAUGUUUAUGGCAGCUGUAUUUGUAAUCACCAAAUUGUCUUCCGACAUUUUGUGGAAUGAAUAGUGUGCAUCUAUGUGUAGAUGCUACUCAGCAAUAAGAAGGAAUAAAUUGUUAAUGCAUGUAGCAGCUUGCAUGAAUCUCUAAGCCAUAGGCUGAGUGACAGAAGCCAGUCUCAGUAGGUUAAAAACUGUGAUUCCAUUUUUAUGACAUUCUCAAAAAGACAAAUCUGUAAUGAUGGAAUAUGUCAACGAUUGCCAGAUGUCAGGGGGAAGGGGUUGAUUAGUAACAGGUGGGGAAAGAUUUGAUGAUGAAUGUUCUGAUCUCAGUGCUGAUGGCAGCAUGAAUCUGUACAUAAUGGGGGAUUGGUGUGGCAUAGUAGAUUGUGCCACCACUUGGUAUACCUGCAUCCCAAAUGAGAGUGCUGAUGCAAGUCUUGGCUACUUCACUUCUGAUCCAGGGGCCUGCUAAUGUGCCUGAGAAGCUACAGAUGACAGUUCAAAUUCCUGUCACCUGUGUGGGGAACUCAUAUGGAGUUCCUGCCUCCCAACUUCAGCCUGGCACAGUUGUGGCUGUUGAAGCCAUCUAGGGAGUUAACCAGUAGAUGGAAGGUAUCUGUCAUUCUUCCUUUCAAAUAAAUCUUAAAAAGAAAAUUCUCCCCUCCCUUGAUGCCAUUUAAAUAGUCUUUAAAGAAAAAGAAUUGGUAGAGCUGUAUAGUAAUUUAAAAACUCAGAUCUCUGGGGCCAGUGCUGUGGUAUAGUGCGUAAAGCCAUCUUCUGUGGUGCUGGAAUCCCAUCCCAUAUGGGCGCUGGUUUGGGUACUGGCUGCUCCUCUUCCGAUCCUGCUCGCUACUGAUGCACCUCAGAAAGCAGUGGAAGAUGGCCCAGGUACUUGGACCCUUGCAUCUACUUUGGAGACCUGUCAGAAGCUCUUGGCUCCUGGAUUAAGAUUGGCCCAGCUCCAACCUCUACCGCCAUUUGGGGAGCGAACCAGCAAAUAGAAAAACUUUCUGUCCCCACUCCCACCCUCUAACUCUGCCUUUCAAAUAAGUAAAUAAAUAAAUCUUUUUUUAAAAAAUCUUACCCCCUCAUCCUUCAGUAGUUCAAGAUACAGAAGGCAUCAUCUAUCAAAUACUUUGUAUACAUCAGGAGUACAAAGUGUAGUCCCUGAAAAACCUGUAGACUAUUUAUGAAAGUGAUUCUUGGGAGGGAAAAUACUUGAAAAAUAUGAAGAUCAUAUGGAUGAUAUUCUCUUUGUAUAAGAGGAAAAAGCAUGUCAACUUGGAAUUUUUUAAAUCUAAAUAACAUUUAAAGGAAACAUCAAAACAAAUUGCAAACUGUGUGAAAUGAAAAAAAAAAAAAACUACUCCUUUAUGAGAUUGUGCUAAAUCUGUGGUUGAUGGAGAUUUUACAGACUUUGACUUCUGAAAGUAGAAAAACUAGAAGCUGAUGAAAUGAAAAAUUCAGAAGCUAAAAGAUAAGGUAGACCAAAAGUAAAAGUAAGAUAUUAAUAAAAUUUAAUCAAGUAAAGCAAAUUUUGGGCCGGCACCGCGGCUCAAUAGGCGAAUCCUAAUAAUCCUUAAUAAUAAUAAUAACCAUGCCCACAUCCUAUUUCAGUCCUGGUACCUGGUUUGAGUCCUGGCAACUCUGCUUCUGAUCCAGCCUCCUGCUAAUGCACAUUCUGGGAGGCAGUAGAUGGUAGCUCAAGUGCUUGAGUCCUUGCUGCCCACAUGGGAGAUCCAAACUGAAUCCGGACUCCUAGCUUUACCUGGGCCCAACCCUGGCUAUUGCAGGCUCACUCUAAAAUUGGGACAGAAAUUAUAAUGAGUACUGUUUGCAGCUGAUUCCAAAUAUGAUUGUUCAAGGGGUUUUCAAAAGUUCAUGAGAAAUGAAUAGUAUGGAAAACUGCAGCAUUUUAAACAUUCCUUGCGCCACUAUAAACUGACUCUUUCAACAUUUUUGGUUAGAAUUUCCCAUCCACUGGUUUGCUCUCCAAAUGCCUGCAGUGGCCAGGGAACUGAAAUAAGGAACUCAAUCCAAGUCUCCCGUAUAGGUGUUAGGAGUCCAACUCCUUGAACCAUCACUUCUGCCUCCCAGCAUACAUAUUAGCAGGUAGCUAAAGUCAGCUAAAGUCAGGAGCCAGAACUGAGAAUCAAACCCAAUACUCUGGUGUGAGAUGCAGGCAUCCUAGCCAGCACCUUAACUGCUAGGCCAAAGGUCCCUCUUGCAAACUAUUAAUUCCACUUUUUGAAAAUGAUCACUUGGAAUUUAUACCAAUAAAUUUGAAAAUUAAUUGAAGUGUGACCUUUGAAGAAAUAUGGAUUGUGGGCCGGCGCCGCGGCUCACUAGGCUAAUCCUCUGCCUUGCGGCGCCGGCACACCAGGUUCUAGUCCCGGUCGGGGCACCGAUCCUGUCCCGGUUGCCCCUCUUCCAGGCCAGCUCUCUGCUGUGGCCAGGGAGUGCAGUGGAGGAUGGCCCAAGUGCUUGGGCCCUGUACCCCAUGGGAGACCAGGAGAAGCACCUGGCUCCUGCCAUCGGAUCAGCGCGGUGCGCCGGCCGCAGCGUGCUACCGUGGCGGCCAUUGGAGGGUGAACCAACGGCAAAAGGCAGACCUUUCUCUCUCUCUCACUGUCCACUCUGCCUGUCAAAAAAAAAAAAAAAAAAAAGAUUGUAAAAAUUAAUGAGGUGUGCUGGUGCCGUGGCUCACUUGGCUAAUCCUCUGCCUGUGGCACCGGCAUCCCAUAUGGGCACCGGGUUCUAGUCCUGGCUGCUCCUCUUCCAGUCCAGCUCUCUGCUGUGGCCCGGGAGGGCAGUGGAGGAUGGCCCAAGUGCUUAGGUGCCUGCACCUGUGUGGGAGACCAGGAGGAAGCACCUGGCUCAUGGCUUUGGAUCGGCACAGUGCACUGGCCAUAGCAGCCAUUUGGGGGGCGAACCAAUGGAAGGAAGACCUUUCUCUCUGUCUCUCUGUCUAACUCUACCUGUCAAGUAAAAAAAAAAAAAAAUUGAGGUAUAAAAUGCAAAUAAACCAGACAUUUGAGAGAAAUUGAAAAAAUAGUGUAAGAACUAUUUAAACAAAAAAUACUGGGGUGGGCUUCUGUUUCAGUAGUUAAUAUGCUGCUUGGGACACCCAUAUAAUAUCAGAAUCCCUGAGUUCGAAUCCCAGCUCCAUUCCUGAUUGCAGCUUCCUGCUAAUAAUCACCCUAGAAGGCAGCAGGUGAUUGGCCAAUAGGUGGGUCCCUGCCACCCACAUGGGAGAUUGCCUUUCAAAUAAAAUAAAUGAUUCAAAAUUUAAAAAUACAACGACAUAUAGAAAAACCUUUAAGGAACACAUCUGUGAACUAUUUCAGAAGAUGGGAAAAAGAUGUAAGGUUUCUUAAUUUGUUCCAUGUGGCUAGCAUAAUGCUGACACCAAAACUGCACAAAUGCAGCACAAGGAAAACUAAGAGUAGGUGCAAAAAUUCAAAAUAAAACUCCCAAUUUGAAUUCAGCACUAUAGUAAAAUACACAAGGGGACUUCAGUAUGUUAAUAGAAAAUUGAAUUAAAAGAUAAAAAAUGUAAAUAUCAUUUUGCAACAUGAGCUCCAUCAAGGUUAAGUGAUCAUCUCAGACAUUUAGUCCAUCCAUAGAGAAUUGAGGUGCUGGGCUUUUAGCCAUGUCAGUGCAGUCUUUAAUACAUUAGCAACAAGAAAAGUGGGUGCUUUUUAAAGAUUGUUGUUUUAAUUAGGAAACAGUAGAAGUCAACAGAGUCAAAUCAGGAGGAGCAAUGAGCAGGUGCAUUGUGCAGAAGGGCUCUAGUGAAGAUUUCUGGGGCAUUUUUUUUGGUGAAAGUUUUGACUAAGUUUCUCAAAACACUCUUCUCAUGAGCGGGUGUUACUGUUCUUUGGCCCUCGAGAAAGUCAACUAACAAAAUGCCUGAGCAUCCCUCAAAACUUGAAUGAUCUUUCCUCCUAACUGACUUACUCUCGCUUCAGCCGCACCAGUUCCACCCCUUGGUAGCUGCAUAUUGGUUCUUUGUCUUCAGGAUCAUAUUGGUAAUACUGGUUUCACCUCCUGUUAGAGUUCUUUGAAGAAAUGCCUCAGGAUCUUGAUCCCACUUGUGGGAAAUUCCCAUUGGAGCUGUGCUCUGUCUGCAGCCCGCUGGACAGCAAGUCUGCCCCACUAUUUCAGUCAUUGUGUCAGCUCACCUAGUUGAGAUGUAUUUGCUGUGGGCUAUCAUUUUUGCUGUUUAUCAUUGGUCCUCUUCAAUUAGGGCAGCAGUAAGCUUAAUUUCCCCCCACAAUUGAUGUGGGUGUUCUGCUGCUACCAGCUUCUUCAGUAUUGUCUCAUUCCUUUUCAUAAUGAAUCAUCAACUUGUCAACUACUGAUUUCUUUGGGACAUUGUCGCUGUAAACUUUAUGUGCAGCAUGAGUGAUUUCACCACUCUUCCACUGCAACGUCACCAUUAAAUUGUCAUUGGUUCUUUCUUGAAUUUUAGGAGAACUUUUGUUGCUCGGUUAGGGUAUCUUUCCACAUUGAUGUCUUAUCCUUCUGAAUUCCUCAGAUGAGAUCUUGUCCAGACAUGACAUAACAAUUUAGUACAAUUUAAUUUGCUGCAAAAAAACUUUGGAAAUCCCUGCAUAGUUUUUUCAUAAUACGUAUUUUCUAUGAGCUUCUUGAAGGCUCCUUGUAUAUAACUUUUAAAUUAGAAUUUACACAAUAACAUGCAAGAGUGAGUCAACUAAUUCACUGUAACUAAAUUAAAAGAUUAAAGAAUUACAUAGCCAUCUUCACAUGCUGGGAAAGCACUCAUAAAUUCCACAUCCCCAGGUGCUUGUGACAAUCAAGAAACAGAAGAUAGCUCCCUUAGCUGUCUACAUUUAUAAUCUACAGCAAGAAAAUGAGAUAAAAAACAGUGAAAAAUUAUUAUGACCCAGUAGACAAAAAUAUAGUACUUGAUGAAAGUGAGGCAAGACUUCACAGUUUGUGAUUAAAGGAUUUCUUACUUUUGGACAAAGAAACCUAUACUGAUCUACUUGGCUGCUGUUGCUACCAAUGAGAAGGCUUAGUAAGGAGGCCAUGCAAAAGCCAGUACACUGGUGUCUAUGCAAAAUUGGAUGUCAGAUUAAACAAAAGAUUGGAGAAAUGCGUAAUAUAAGAAGGGUUUUUUAAAAAGUUUAUCGUUUAUUUGAAAAGCAUAGUGACAGAGUUUCUAUCUGCUGAUUCGGUACCCAAAGGCCCACAGCAGCCAGGGUUGGGCCAGGCCAAAGUCAGGUGCCAGGAACUCCCAUGUGAGUCUCCCAUGUGGGUGGCAGGGCCUCAUUGUCUGCUGCUUCCCACAGUGUGCCUUAGCAGAAAGCUGGAUCUAGAGUAGCCAGGAUUUGAAUGAGGCACUCUUGACAUGGGAUACAGGCAUCCCAAGUGGUGGCUUAACCCACUGCAUCACAACAAAAGUUUUAAUAUAAAGAGCACCCACAAAGAAAACCUGGACAAAGAAUCUAAAGAUUUUUAAGGAGGAAGCUUUGUAAGCAUUCAGGAAAAUUAAAGUGAUAUUUUUCAGUUGAAAUGAUAGAUAUUGAAAGAUUGGUAAUGCUUACUUUGAGCCAUUGUUGAAAGCAGUUUAAGUUGAGGCCAGCAUUGUGGCACAGCAAGCUAAGCUGUUGCCUGCAUUGUCAGUAUCCUAUAUUGGAGUACAAUGUCAAUUUCCAGCUCCUCCACUUCCAAUCCACCUUCCUGCUAAUGCACCAAAGAAAGCAGCAGAAUAUGGCCCAAGUCCUUGGGCCCCUGCCACCCACGUGGGAAACCUGGAUGGAGUUCUAUGCUCUUGGCUUCUGCAUGGCCCAGCCCCUGCCUUUGGGCCAUUUGUGAAGUGAGCCAGUGAGUGGAAGAUUCUCUCUCUCUCUCUCUCUCUCUCUCUUUCUCUGUAACUGUGCCUUUCAAAUAAAUCAAUAAAUAUCAUUAAAAAAGUGUAAAUUGAGACUGCUUUUUGGUUGGACAUUUUCUGUGUAAAUCAGUAUUUAAAAUGUGUUUAACCUUUGAUCUCAGAACUCUGAUUGCAGGCAUGCAGCCUGAAGCUGUAUUUAAAGUGUCCAAAGAGCAACAUACAAGAAUGUGUAUUGAAGCAUUUUUGAAAUAAAUACUAAUUAGAAGCAAUGUGGUUGUACACAAAUGGUUGAAUUAGUACUUAUGAAUUCCUACCAUGAAGUACUCUGCAGCAGAUGAAAAUUAUGGCUCUACAUUGUGGACAUGAACGUAUUUGUAUGAUGUAAUAAUAAGAAAAACUGGUUGUACAAUAAGCACGUACCACUGUUUAAUAUACUUAUGACUGUUUACAUAGGCAUAGUGCAUAUGUGUGUGUCUGGCAUGCCUAGAAAACCGACUCACGGAGAACAAACUCUUGACAGUGAUUGUGCCUGUCCAAAGCAGUCGUAUUGGAAAAGGAAUGAAAGGGGAUGUUUCACAUUUCACUCGAUUUCUUUCUAGGUUAUUUGAUUUUAAACAAGUUUUUUUUUUUUUUAUGUAUGACAAGUAAUUUU